AUGUGUAUAUCUUUAUCUAGGCUUGUAAAGGUGCCUUUUUCAAGAAGUUCUAAAGACACUUUUUAUGAUUUAUUUAUAAGAAAUCAUAUUCCUACUACAGGUUUAGAAAAGACUCUAUUGUUAAUAAGAUCAACACUUAAUGGUAUUAGGAGACCUGCAGAUUCAAACUCAGUUGCCUGUAUAACUGAGAUAACUGGGAAACGAUCUCUGAUUAAGUUACACCAGUUAAUGGCAGAUGAUCCAGAAGGAUCGAAAAUACUAAAAAAUCGCCUUUUAAUAGAUAGUACAGUAUACAGCAAAUCCAAGUUAAGAAUGUUACCUAAGGAUUCUUUAGGAAGAAAGCUUGUUGAAUUUCUUGAUAUAUAUAAUUUUAAAUUAGACAGACCCCCAGUAAGGUAUGUGGAUGAUGAAGACUUAGCUUAUGUAAUGUAUAGGCAUCGUCAGAUGCAUGAUAUUCUCCAUGUAGCAUUUGAGUUAAAUGUUACUGUAGAAGCAGAAGUUGCCCUUAAAUGUAUAGAAAUGAUGCAUUCAGGAAUGCCAAUGUCCUUAUUUGGUUCUAUAUUUGGACUUAUAAUUACUCCAAUUCUUCGUAUAAGACCUAUAGAUCCUAUUUUAAAUAAUAGUAAAAUUCCGAUAAAAUCUAUAGAUCCUUCAGAUCCAAUCCAAUUUCAUCCAGAUUGUGAUAACUAUGAGCAUACAUUAUACCCAGAUCAAAAGGAAUAUUUGUAUCCAGUUAGAACUACUAUAAAAGAGCUAUUACCAUGGGCAUACAAUGCUGAAAAGUGUAUGAAACGUAACAUUUAUACAGUGAUUGUAGAGAAUUGGUUUGAUAAACCAUUAAGUGAAUUUCAAGAUUAUAUGGGAAUUAAGCCUCCUCCUCCUAAUCUAAGUAAAUAUACACGAAUAAGACCUCAUCCUUAUUAUUAA